UUAUAAAAUAGAAAGAAAGAAGAAGAAAAAGGUGGUACAUGCUACCUAAUUUUUCUUUGAUUAGACGUUGUUUGAUUCAUGUAGUCAAUUAGACUUAGUGGGAUAAGACUCUGUUGUUGUUGUCGUUGUCGUCGUAGCUAUCAUAGGCUUACCCGUGAGGCUUCAAAUUGCAGUGACUUUAGUGCUCUAUCUUUGAGUUGAAUUCUUGGAUUGCAAAAAUGGGAGUGCAAGAUUCUCUCCAAAUAACAAGAAGUGGUACUGGAACUUAUGAUGAUGAUGGCCAUCCCAAAAGAACUGGAACUCUAAGAAGUGCAGUGGCUCAUAUCAUCACUGCUGUGAUUGGUGCUGGUGUUCUAUCUCUAGCAUGGAGCACUUCUCAAUUAGGAUGGAUUGCAGGCCCAGUUUCAUUGCUUCUAUUUGCAAUUGUCACCUAUAUCUCUUCAUUCCUCCUUUCAGAUUGUUACAGAACUCCAGAUCCUGUUUCUGGCAAAAGAAACUACUCUUACAUGGAUGCUGUUAGAGUCUAUCUUGGUAGUAAAAGGACAUACUUGGCUGGCUUCCUUCAAUAUUUGACCUUGUAUGGGACUUGUAUAGCUUAUGUUAUUACCACAGCAAGUUGUAUAAGGGCUAUUCUGAAAUCAAAUUGUUACCACAAAGAAGGGCAUAAAGCUCCAUGUAAAUAUGGGGAUACAUUGUAUAUGAUGCUAUUUGGAGUUGUUCAGAUUGUGAUGUCAUUCAUACCUGAUCUUCACAACAUGGCAUGGGUUUCAGUUGUUGCUGCCUUAAUGUCCUUCACAUAUGCUACUAUAGGACUUGGACUUGGCAUCACAACAGUCAUAGAAAAUGGAAGAAUUAUGGGAAGUAUAACAGGAGUAGCAGCUUCAAGUACUGCUGACAAAUUGUGGUUAAUCUUCCAAGCACUUUCUGAUAUUGCUUUUGCCUAUCCAUACUCAAUCAUACUCCUUGAGAUACAGGACACUCUAGAGGCUCCUCCAUCUGAGAACAAGACCAUGAAGAAGGCCUCCAUGAUUGCCAUAUUCAUCACAACAUUCUUCUACCUCUGCUGUGGAUGCUUUGGAUAUGCAGCUUUUGGAGAUCAAACACCAGGAAAUCUCUUAACUGGCUUUGGUUUCUAUGAGCCUUAUUGGCUCAUUGACUUUGCCAAUGCUUGCAUUGUUCUUCAUUUGAUUGGAGGAUAUCAGAUUUAUUGUCAACCAAUAUACAAUGCUGUUGAUAGAUGGUGCCAAAGAAAAUACCCAAACAGUGAGUUUGUGAAUAAAUUCUACAGAAUGAAGCUACCAAAGUUACCAGCAUUUCAAGUGAAUCUAUUCAGAAUAUGUUUCAGAACAACCUAUGUUGUUUCCACAACUGGACUUGGAAUAUUAUUCCCUUACUUCAACCAAGUUCUUGGAGUGUUAGGGGCAAUAAGCUUUUGGCCAUUGGCAAUAUAUUUUCCAGUUGAGAUGUACUUUGUGCAGAAGAAAAUUGAAGCUUGGUCAAGAAAAUGGAUUGUUCUUAGAAUAUUUAGUUUUGUUUGCUUUCUUGUCACAGUGUUAGGUCUUAUUGGAUCACUUGAAGGAAUAAUUAGUGCAAAACUUAGCUCAUGAAAUUCAUUAAAGGCUCUUGUUUAGCGUGUUUAUGUGUCUAGUUUGUUUGCUUAUAUAUUAUUGCAUUAUUAUAUUCAACUUUCAUGUAAAUUCAACAUACAUGGAAUUAUAUUGUUUGCUAUUUAUACAAGCAAGUGUAAUGCUACAGAAUUACUGAAAAAGAAAUAAAGUACAUGUGAGAAAUUUGUAUAUAAA